AUGUGGCAACCGGGACAGUGUGGGAUGGAGAUGAAGCCUGAAGCUUCCAGACAAUGUCGAAAAAGGAAACAUCAGGAUGAAGAAGGCACGGAGACGGAGUCUGAAGCUUUGAGACAUGGUCGAAAAUUGAAACACCAGGAAGAGGGUCGAACGGAUUGGGAGUUUGAAGAGCCCAGCAAGGCUCAGAAGAGGCUAGCUCAGGAACAGCAAGAUGGAUGGCUUCAAAGUGAACAGCCAGGCAAGGAGCAGCCCCAGAAACCCCGGGAAGAGAGGCCAAGACAACUAAAGAUCCUAGACUUGGCCAAAGGUCCACAAGAGCAGGCUGCUGAUGGUGGCAAGGGUCGUAAGCGGCCCUAUUGGGUCAUGGAGGCAUUUCCCCUAGACCACCAUAGGGUAAAGCACCAAAAGUUCCAGCAGCACCUUCAACACAAUGAUGACACAGUCUCUGACCCACCCAGGGCUCCCAGGGCACUUACGCAUAGUUCGAAGGUUAAAGGUCGUGUGGAAGAGCACAGUCACGGAUCCAGAACAACUAAGUGUGAUCCUAAACAAUCUACUCUUGCUGCCACAAGAGAAUGUCUGUUACCAGACAAAAUAGGAAAGAUGUCUCCAGAAGAAUCUUCUGAUGCACAGAAGAAAGCUGGAGUAAAUUUUGAAGAAAGAAGGAGACACCACUCGGAGUCUGACUUGCAAGGAAUACGGGCUCAAAUCCUGCAUACUGGCAGCAGCAGCUUACUCCCCAACAAGACGCCCAUAUUUACAACAAAGGAAAAGCCUGUUGCAGACCAAGGGAAGUGCAGAGGAACGGAUGAAGUGCGUGAUAUUACCGAGGACAUGCAAAAAGAAAUCAAGAAGGCACUAGGUCCAGGGCCCCAAGAGGAAAUCUUAAGUAGUGCAUUCAAAUUGCACAUUACUCGAGGUGAUAUCCAGACCCUAGAGCCUGGUGAAUGGCUCAAUGACGAGAUAAUUAAUUUUUACAUGAAUCUUCUGGUUAAGAGAAGUAAAAAGGAAAGCUACCCUGCUCUUCAUGUGUUUAGCACUUUGUUUUACCCCAAGCUAAAACAUGGCGGCUAUAGUGCUGUGAAGAGAUGGACUCGGGCAAUGGAUCUCUUUGAAAAGGAAAUUAUUUUAGUGCCUAUCCACCAGAACACACAUUGGAGCCUAAUAGAAAUCGACCUAAGAAAACAGAGUAUUAUAUAUUAUGACUCCAUGGGACACACAGGGCAGAGCAUUUGUGAGACCAUCUUUCAAUAUUUACAAAAUGAGAGCAAGACUCGAAGGAACAUUGAGCUGAACCCUUUGGAGUGGAAGCAAUACAGCAUGACAUCAGAGGAGAUUCCUCAACAGCUGAACGGGAACGACUGUGGCGUGUUUACCUGCAAAUAUGCAGACUACAUUUCUAGAGACCAACCUGCCACCUUUUCUCAGCAGCACAUGCCCAUCUUUAGGAAGAGGAUGGUAUGGGAGAUCCUGCACAGUCACUUACUGUAA